AUGUGGUAUAAUCGUCUUAGUGAAUAUCUGCUUAAGGAAGGAUACAUCAAUGAUCCUGUAUGCCCAUGUGUCUUUAUAAAAAGGUCAGAAUCAGGAUUUGCAAUUAUGGCAGUCUAUGUCAAUGAUAUGACCUUAAUAGGGACUCCUGAAGAGGUCACAAAAGCUAUUGAGUACUUAAACAAAGAAUUUGAAAUGAAGGAUUUGGGGAAAAGAAAGUAUUGUCUCGGUGUUGGGUACCUUUCUAAUCCUCACAAAGCCCACUUGCAGAUGGGAAAUGUUUUCACUUAUAAUGGUAUUGCAAUAUCAUGGUGUUCUAUAAAACAAACAUUGGUUACCACUCCCUCCAACCACUCCGAGAUUCAUGCGCUUCACGAAGCCAACCAAGAAUGCGUAUGGUUAAGAUCUGUCAUCCAUGAUAUUGAAAGUACAUGCAAAUUGCCAUGUACCUUAGAUGCUUCCACAAUUAUAAAUGAAGAUAAUGUAGCAUGUAUUGUUGAAGUCAGGGGAGGAUAUAUCAAAGGAGGCAGAACCAAGCAUAUUUUAUCGAAGUUCUUUUACACACAUGAACCCCAACAAAAUCGAGAAAUUGAUGUCAAACAAAUACGCUCCAGUGAUAAUCUUGAAAAUUUAUUCACUAAGGCCUUACCAACAUCAACAUUUGAAAAGUUAGUGUAUAACAUCGGUUUUGUCCCACUGGGUUUUCUUGACAAGGUUUUUAAUGAGGGUGUUCUUCGUCUUCGCGCUGUUGAUCUUCUGGAUUCGCAAUUCUGUGCUUAUUCUUCGUCUUCGUCAUCUGCCACCGGUAAUUAG